AUGAGUUCCGAGCCACUGAUAGUGAACGAGGUGUUAGCAUUCCUGAAGUAUGCCGUCGUCGAAAAUCGAUUGGACGACUCCAGCAUCAUGCAGGUCUGCAUGUCCACCUUCAAGACAGAAGAGAUUGACAUUGCAAGGUUGAUACUGUUCACGACGCUUCACAAAUAUAACCAGAUUCCGUGUCGCAAGCAAGAUAGUAGUGAGGAUAUUCUUAAGGAUAUUAUUACCCUGAUGAAGAACACUGACCCGGAUGACUUAUUCACUUUUGUGGCAAAGGACCUGUCUAAGUUACCACCACCCAUUACGUUUGAUAUAACAAGGAUUUUUGAGGAUAUCACAUCCCUGAAAGACUGCGUGGCUGAGCUGAAAACAAAAUUGGAAGUGUCAAAUAGCACCAUAAGUGACUUGCGCGCCGAGGUAGCGCUGUUACGCAGCACUAUUUCAGAAAGUAUAUCACCUGGUCCUUGCAACAUGAACACAAUACGUGAAGCAGCUAACGCUGAGACGAGCCGUAAGUCAAUGGUGGCAAAUGUGUCCCCAGUUGAAACUGAAAGCGUAGCCUUACACGCUGCUGCCACCGGUACUUCCGUACUGGUGCAAGAACGUGUCGAUACGUUGUCUACAAAUUGUGUCUAUGCAAAUGUCGCCAGCGCUAGCCAGUCGAUAACAUCACAGAAAAAGGAAGUGGCCCAAACAAAACAGGACCAAGCAAACCAGACCAGUUCGAAAAAGGACACAUGUGACCAUGGCGGCUCUAUAAAGGUGGAAAAGAAAAAUAAGAAGAAGAAGCCUUUUUGCCGGAACCAGCGUGGUACCGCGCCGAAAGAACCCGAUAUGGUGCUACGUUCAGCAAAGCCCACGACGCAGCUGUACUUGUCCCGACUGCAUCAUUCCAUGACGGUAGAGAACGUUGUCGAAUAUAUACGAGAGCUGACAGGCUUGACAUUGAGAGUCGAGAGGUUGGAGCCGCGCUACAAAAUGAACUACGAGUCGUUCGUGGUGCGGGUUCCAUCAGAUUAUCUGCACAUUUUCCUCGAUGAAGAAUUCUGGCCGACGGGUGUUGUGUAUCGCCGUUUCCGUGGUCGGCUACACAACACCUGUCAGCAGGAUACGAUGCCGGUACUUCGUGUACUCACUAGUUCUAAGUUUAAAUUUUAA